AUGCAGAACUAUCUCGAUGUGCGUAUAUGGGGAAGAAUAGUUCGGCUGCGAGGGAGAAUUUUGCGCAUUCGCAAUCAAACACCACUACGAAUAGUACUAGUGAUGGACACGGCGGAUGCCCACACUGGGCGACGUUACAGUCAAGUCGCUGGUCUGUCUGCGCUUUCAUGCGUGAUGGGAAGGUACAUUGUAUGGGGAGAGAGUGGGCCAAAGUUGUUUGAUCGUGAUGCUGCUUCAGAAGGGCCGAGACUGAUUGUUAGUGUGUCGUGGAAGGAGGAUGAGAAAGGCGUUUGUUUUUUGUCUUUGAUUGAUGUGCUUUGA